AUGGGAGUUUGUGACUUGAACUUGAAGUUUUUAAACAUAGUGGCUAAGUGGCCUGGUAGUACAAAUGACUCAUUUGCGUUGCGCAAUUCAAGGCUAUGUGAAAUGUUUGAAGACGGAGACAUAAGCGAUGGAUGGCUUCUUGGGGACAGUGGAUAUCCCCUUCGACCUUGGCUCCUAACACCAGUCAUGAACCCAACAACAAGACGGGACCAACGUUACAACAGUUCCCAUAUGAGAACAAGAUGUGCUGUUGAGAGGAGUUUUGGAGUGAUGAAAUCUCGGUUCCGAUGUAUCGAUACCACUGCAGGAACAUUGUUGUACAGCCCAGAUAGAUGUUGUGACAUUGUAGUAGAUGUUGUUGUUCUGCACAACAUGUGCAUUGACAAUAGAAUUCCAUUGCCUCCAGGAAACGAUAAUCCAACAGAUCAUGGAAAUAUUGGUGGGCAGCAAUAUAUUGGUAUUCAAAAUGACGGUGCAGUUAUUCGUACAAGAUUGGUUAAUAAUAGAUUCUACAAUUAA